AGCAGGCUCUAACUAAACCACGCCGGACUGGAUGUGGGAAAGAUGAAGUGGGUUGUACUCCCAGCAUAUCCUAGCGAUGUUCGAUAUGCAAUGCUUCACCCUUGAGCACCUGAGCACGGAGUCCAAGUCAGCCACGAUCGGCCACCAAUCAGUGUACCGCAUGCAGUAAGUUCAGUACUAACAGUUAUUUCUAGCCCACGGUGAGCUGCUUCCUUAUCGCCAUCCGGUAUCGGGUUUCCUCGCAUAAGCGGACGCUUGCGCCUUUCGGAUGCAUAUGUGUCAGGCUAGUGAAAAGCCCCAAUUCCACAUGGUAGUUUCCUUGAGAGCCGACCAUGAACCGACCUAGCAUCAGGACAUCCCUAUCCAAGGCGGCGGUUGCGAAGCGGGACGAAGCGCUCCUCGCUCAGCUCGGCUAUAAACAAGAGUUUAAACGUGCUUUCAAGCCGUUAGAGGUGUUCGGCCUUUCGUUCAGUAUCAUUGGCCUUCUUCCGUCGAUUGCAUCUGUUCUUGUUUAUGCGCUGCCAAAUGGUGGUGCCUCUUCUAUGGUGUGGGGAUGGGCCGUAGGGAGCCUCUUCAUUCUUUCCGUUGGUUUGUCGAUAGGCGGAGUUGGGUUCCGCAGCACCUACAUCGGGAGGCCUCUAUUAUUGGGCCCACUCCCUCUCGUCCCCUCGCUGGCGGAACUUACUCUCUUGGAUCGUUGGCUAUGCGAAUACGGUGGGGUCCAUCGCGUCGGUCGUGGUAUUUAUAUUGCAAUACUCCUCUCGCAUGCCGUUGUGUGCAGCCUUGGAACCACUGUCCUUGCAAGACUUCAAUCGGUCUAUGUUGCGAUAAACAUCCUACUUUGCAUUGCGGUUAUCAUCGUGCUUCCGGUUGCAACACCGAAAGAGUACAUCAACAGUGCUGGUUAUGCCCUCGGUAACUUCACAAAUUGUAUUUAUCUUCCUUGCUUUUUUUUCUUUCUGUUGCUGGUGAAAACAAAACUAACCGAGCGGCCUUCCCAUGUAUCAGUGAAUGGUUGGCCAAACGGCUUUGCCUUUGUCCUCUCAUUGGUUGCACCACUUUGGACGAUAUGUUCGUUUGAUUGUGCUGUACACAUUAGCGAAGAGGCCUCAAACGCGGCUACUGCCGUUCCAUGGGCAAUCGUCAGCUCCAUCACUGUUGCUGGAAUCCUGGGCAUGGCCAUCAACAUUGCCCUUGCCUUCUGCAUGGGUACGGAUAUUGAGUACACGCUCAACAGUCCUAUCGGGCAGCCAAUGGCCCAGAUUUUUUUCAACAGCCUCGGGGAGAAGGCCACACUGGCGGUGUGGACGUUUGUAGUGAUCGCGCAGUACAUGAUGGGUUCUAGCAUGCUUCUCGGCGCGUCCCGCCAAACCUUCGCGUUCGCUCGUGACGGCGCACUUCCACUUUCGAAUAUCCUCUACCGCAUAAACAGCUUCACUGGCACGCCCGUCAACACGGUUUGGUUCGUCGUUUUUAUGGCAGGUCUGCUGGGCUUGCUCGCAUUUGCUGGCACAGCAGCCAUCAACGCCAUCUUUACCAUGUCGAUUACGUCGCUCUACGUUGCGUAUGCGAUACCUAUGUUCGCCCGGUUCGCGUCCGACAAUGACUUUAAGCCGGGACCUUUCAGUCUUGGCAUCUUCAGUUUACCGAUAGGCAUCACAGCCAUUGCAUUCAUGGCUUUCAUGAUCAUCGUUUUCUCCUUCCCUGCGACACCAACCACCAACGCUGCGAAUAUGAAUUAUGCAAUUGUCGUCCUUGGUGGUGUAAUGGUGUUGUCCCUUGUAUGGUACUACUUCCCAGUGUAUGGCGGCAUACAUUGGUUCACAGGACCUGUACCCAACAUCGAUGCCGAUAGGAAGGAUGAGACCGGUGGGAUGUAUGAUGACUACGCGUCCAAGGAGAAAAGCGCAGAAGGAGCUGUGAAUGUAGUGAGAGUAUAAGCAACUUGUGGCAGCUUCCCAAAGCGGUAGUAUGCCUCUAGCAAUGUCUAUAUGCGAUGAAGAACAUGUGUGCUUUAGACCUUCGUACCUUAUCAUUUGUGGUUUUCUCUGCCGUUUGCAUUGGCCUGUCGUUCGUCGAG